AUGUCCCCAAAACAUCUCCAGACGUCCCCAGAACCUCUCCAGCUGUCCCCAAAGCCCUCUGGGUGCCGUUUUUGUGUCGCAGAGCUGCUCUUCGGCCAGUCCCGCGCCCCUCCCCGCCAGGUGAACGCCGUCCUGGGCGGCUCCGUGCUGCUGGCGCCGGCGCUGCCGCCCAACCAGACGGUGAAGGAGAUCGAGUGGAGCUUCUCGGGCGGCUCCGGUGCCACCAUCCAGGUGGCCGAGGUGGGACCCGCGGGCUUCGAGCGGCCGGACCCGCGGGAUCGCUUCGGGAAGCGGCUGGAGGUGUUCAACCGCACGGCGCUGCGCAUCCGCCAGCUGCAGCGCGGCGACAGCGGCGUCUUCGGAGCCAGGAUCAAGAUGCAGCCGGCGCUGGUGGACGAUCAGUCCUUCAACCUGUCCGUCUACGAGUCGGUGCCCAGCCCCCGGACGCGCAGCCGGCUCCUGGCCAGCACCCUGGAGUGGUGCAACCUCACCCUGCAGUGCCAGGGCAGCGGCAGCGGCGCCGUCAACGUCACCUGGAGACGCGACAGCGCGGCCGAGGGGGACCCCGGGGGUCGCCGGGUGUCGCCGGACGGCGCCGGGCGGCACCAGGUGUCACCCGACGGGACCACCCUGCGCGUGGCGCUGCCGCUGGCCGCCACCAACGUCACCUACGCCUGCACCGUCAGCAACCCCGCGGAUCAGAAGGUGGCCGUGUUCGACCUGCAGGAGCUGUGCCGGGGAGGAGGAGGCUCCUCAGCUUUCUCCACGUCCGGUUACGUGGUGCUGGCUCUGAUCCUCGUGGCCGUCGCCCUCGGCGGCGCCUUCUGGUGCUGGAGGGUGAACAGCGAGAAGGCGGCGGAGGCAGCGGCCGCGCCGCCGCCGGCCGAGGAGAGCCCCGGGGAGGCGCCGUACAGCGACAUCGUCUGCAGGAGCCCCCCCGAGGGCAACGACCAGGGUCCCAGCGCUCCCCCGGAACCCAGCGAAUCCCAAAAAACCCAAACGACCCCGAAAACGGAAACCCCAAAAACGGAAACGACCCCAAAAACGGAAACGACCCCAAAAAGUUCCCCGGGGGGGGACGAGAAGGGCCAGAGACCCCCCGAGGACACGGCCGAGGAGGUGACAUAGGGC